GGGACCUCUGUACGAGGUCCUGAUCAUGUGAUCACCGAUUGGCCAAUCAGUGAUCACGAAGCCCAAUCCAACAAUACAAAAAUCUGGAGAAACUGGAAGUAUUACUUCCUGACAUCAUUGCUUACUACUAGUGAAAUCUGUGAAUGAUUACAGAGGUCACAUGGUACAAAGCUAUUCACAACAGCCUUGUACCAUGUGACAAGCUGUGACCAAUCACAGCUCUCACAGUAUUUCUCAAUGGCUGCAAGAAUGCAGCUAGAGAGAAUGAGAAAUGAUUGCUU